AUGGGGCUGAAAUGUUUGAGCCGCGAUGCCUACCGGGUGGGAUGGAUCUGCCCGUUAGAGGUGGAACAGAUCGCGGCAAUGGAGAUGCUGGACGAGGAGCACCAAGCUCUUCCGCAACCCAGCGGGGACACAAACAUCUACAAUCUCGGCAGCAUCAACAACCAUAAUGUGGUCAUCGCGGGUCUUCCGCGCGCGGGGAACUGCUCCGCGGCCACUGUCGUCACCCAAAUGAGGAUGACCUUCCCAAACCUCAAAUACGGCCUGCUGGUCGGGAUUGGGGGCGGCGUACCGACGAAGACCGAGUGUGGAAUGGUCCGUCUCGGACAUGUGGUCGUUAGUGAGCCAACUGGUAUUCACUCUGGAGCAGUACAGUACGACCACGGAAAAGCGAAGGCGGGCCACUUUGAACGCAAAGGAUUCCUGGCACCUCCCCCAACAGCCCUUCUUAACGCUGUGCGGGAAGUGGCUGUCCGACGCCAACGGCUGGAUUAUGAUCCAAUUUGGAAGAAUCUGGAGCGAAUCCAAACCGGCCGUCCAACACUUCGUCGCUUCACGUUCCCCGGCGCCGCGAAUGACCAUCUCUACCCGUCAUGUUACACGCAUAGUCGGCAAGGAAUACCAUGUGAAGAGAGUGGGUGUGACCCGAGGCAGCGUAUCGCGCGACCAAUAGAUGAGGAAGACGACUCAUUUAUUGCUGUACACCGAGGCACAAUAGCAUCUGGGGAGCUGGUGAUAAAGGAUGCUCAGAGGAGGGAUGAUCUAGCGAAGGAGCAUGGUGUGCUAUGCUUCGAAAUGGAGGCCGCAGGAGCCCUUACCGAUUUCCCAUGUAUGGUGAUUCGAGGCAUCUCCGACUAUUGCGACUCGCAUAAGAACGACCAGUGGCAUGGCUACGCAGCGGCGGUAGCGGCCGCCUAUGCCCGGCAGCUGUUUUUCCACAUGUCCAUUGAAGAGGUGCAACGGAAUUCGAAUCAAACGCCUACUUCUUUCGAGCUCCCGCUUAAUCUGUCCGGAAUAUCCGAGGUGGCCCGGUUCGUCGCACGAGAAGAUCAGCUGAAGAGAAUGCAAGAGAUUCUCGAAAUGCCUGCUGGACGUCGUAUUGUUGUGGUUCAUGGCCUGGGUGGCAUCGGCAAGACGCAGCUAGCGAUCGCAUAUACCAAACGAAAUCGAUCUCGUUUUUCGGCGACUUUGUGGCUAAAUGCAAGAGAUGAAACAGCGCUGAAGCAAAGCUUUGCACGCGCAGCUGAGUGGAUUGCACGCCACUAUCCAUCUCUUACAUAUAUUAAAGGUGCUUUGGAGAGCCGGGACCUGGUCGAGACGGUGAGCGCGGUCAAGAGAUGGUUAGAUGAGCCGAUGAACAAUCGCUGGAUGGUCGUCUAUGAUAACUAUGAUAAUCCCUUAUUGGGCAACCAGACAGGGAAAAGCCUAGCCUCUGCUUCCUUUAUUGAAGCUAGUACCGAUAGCGAUAACGACGAAGAUCUCGCAAAGGCUUUUGAUCUGCAGAAAUUCCUGCCCGAGACCGACCAUGGUGCCAUCAUUGUGACCACGCGGUCCUCUAUGGUCAAGCUAGGCCAGACGCUUCACUUACGCAAGCUAGAGGAUAUUGAUGAUAGUCUCGAGGUCCUAGCUUCCGUCUCUGGCCGUGAAGAUCUGAGACAAGAUCCUGUUGCCACUGAUCUUGCAAGACAGCUCGAUGGACUGCCUUUGGCCCUGGCGACAGCUGGUGCAUAUCUAGAGCAGGUGUCGAUCAGCUACGCCGAGUACCUCCAGCUAUACCGAGAAUCAUGGCAGCAACUACACGAAGAGACGCCACAGCUGGGGGCAUACCAUCAAACGCUGUACUCAACUUGGAAUCUCUCGUACCGAUACAUUCAGCAGCAGAGUCCAAUUGCGGCUAUGCUUCUCCAACAAUGGGCGUAUUUCGCCAGUGAAGACUUGUGGUAUGAGCUGCUAGAAUAUAGCGACCCGGAGAAGCCGGAAUGGCUGGUUGCACUGACAGAGAACAAGCUCAUAUUUCAUAAAAGCUUACGAAUUCUGUGCAGCCACGGGCUCGUUGAAGCUGAUCCGACUACCACGUUACAGAGAGUGGAGUCAGGAGGGUAUAGCGUACACGGCUGUGUUCAUUCGUGGAUGAUGCAUGUAUUAAACCAGGGGCUUGAUAAGAGUAUGGCCUGGACGGCAGUCCGAUGUGUAGCGCGGCGUGUGCCUAGUCCAGACAAACACGAAUUCUGGCUUAUACAACGACGGCUGAUUGCACACGCAGACAGAUGUGUGGAGAUAAUAAGAAACGAAGAAGUUGACGAUGGGGAUGUGGAGGCUCUUUAUUCUUUGGGUUAUCUCUACGCAGAUCAAAGCCGGCUCCAAGAGGCAGAGGCGAUGUACGAACGAGCACUGGAAGGCUUUGAGAAGAAGUGGGGACGAGAAGACCCGGAGACGUUGGAAACCGUCAACAACCUCGGUGCCCUCUACGCAGACCAAGGCCGGCUCCAAGAGGCAGAAACGAUGUAUGAACGAGCAUUGGCAGGCUUUGAGAAGGUGUGUGGGCGAGAAUUUACAUCGACGCUAAGUAUUAUUCACAAUCUCGGCAAUCUCUACAUGGAUCAAGGCCGGCUCCAAGAGGCAGAGUUGAUGUGCAAACGAGCACUGGCAGGCAAGGAGAAGGCGUGGGGACGAGAACACACGUCGACGUUGGAUACCGUCAACAACCUCGGCACUCUUUACCAGCGUGGAGGCCGGCUCCAAGAGGCAGAGGCGAUGUACAAACGAGCACUGGCAGGCAAGGAGAAGGCGUGGGGACGAGAACAUACAUCGACGUUGGAUACCGUCAACAACCUCGGCCUCCUCUACGCAAAUCAAGGUCGGUUCCAAGAGGCAGAGGCAAUGUUUGAACGAGCGUUGGUAGGCAAGGAAAAGACAUGGGGACGAGAACACACAUCGACGUUGGAUACCGUCAACAACCUCGGCCUCCUCUACGCAAAUCAAGGCCGGCUCCAAGAGGCAGAGGCGAUGUACGAACGAGCACUGGCAGGCUAUGACAUAGCUUUUGGUGCGAACUCACCUUUCAUCUAUAUCCCUGCCUUGAAUACUCUGAAGAACUAUGGCCUUCUAUGUGAGAACAAUGGGAAUGUGGAUACCGCUCUCCUGUAUUACCAGCGGGCGCUGGUAGGCACUGAGGCUGUUUGUGGCCAGGAUAGCGAACGAUAUACCUGGCUUUUCAACAGAUUGAGCUCUCUACGGCGUGAUAAAUGUGAGAUUUCUGGCGAAGACUCUGUGCGAAAGGGAACAAAAAAGCAUGGGACAAUAUGGAAAAAAGUCAGAGCGAAGCUCUCCGGUGUGUACAAGUCUAUAUAA